AUGAGCAGCGCGGAACUACGAUCGCGAGACGUCGUGAGAGUGCUCACGAAGGAGCACAUCAAGAGGCAAGGUGACAAGACGACAUCGGUGAAGACUGAAGACGCGGCGAAGGCGUUCAGUACCGAGCGUGAACCUCGCCAGUGUGCAUACUGCGGAAAAUUGGGGCGCACGGCGGGCGGUGCUGGACCAAGCAGAAGGACGAAAAUCAAGGUGGAGCUCGACGCGGCGGCAGCAAGGCUCGUGGACGCGGAGCCAACAGCGUUCAGUGGCGAACCAACAACAACAACGACGACAACUACGAUCGAGGUUGCGUUCGCGAGUUUCGUCUGGAGGCUGGACUUUCGACGGGCAAGAGAUAUGCCAGGGGAUGUGGGCAGUCGACAGCGGUGCAACUCAUCUCACAUCUCCAACGACAAAGCCAAGUUUGCAAGCCUGAAUGAGCGAGAGGAAGGCGAACUAUCAGUGGCUGAUGGCGGCAAGGCUGCGAUCAAGGAGUGUGGGAACCAUCAUGGAACGGGUGGUUCUGCCUAG